AUGCGCCAGGCCGGGCAGGAGCUGCUCUCGAAGCUCUACGCUGCCUUCGGGCAACCCGCCGCACAGCUGGUGGACGGCUUCGUGUCCCAACGAGGCGCCGCUUCGAAGCCGAAGCCGAAGCGACGCCGGGAGCUUGUGAACGACCUGCUGCGACAGUCCCUGGCGCGCCCGUUGGACUGCCCAGCGUCCAACUUCUCCUCGGGGGAGCUAGGUGCCAUCGAGACCCCGGCGGCCUGGACCUCUGCAGCGCUGCUCUCGGUGACCCUGGGCCUCCUCCUCGCCGGGGGCCCCAAGUCGGCGGCGUCCAACUUGGAAGAGAUGCGAAUCUGA